CGAAGGGGAGGGGACAAGCCGGAGCCUCCCAGCGGCCCGGGCCUUCUCUCUUUCCACGCCGCGCCGAGACGCUGCGCCCUCCGCGCCCGCCGCGCCCCGAGGUUAGCACCGAGCCCGAGGCGUGGGCCGGGGAGGGGGAGGGCACGAGGAGCCCCCCGCGACCACCCCCCGACGAGCGGCCGAGCCUUCCGGGGGUCUGCGAGGAGCCGGGGACGCGCGCCCGGACGAAGUGAACUUUGCGGGGCCGAAAACUUUGCAGCCAGGUGCCGGGAUCCGGACGGCUGGCAGGCUGAGCGCGCCCGCCGAGCCGGGAGCAGCACCCCGAGGCCUCGCUUCCCUGCGCCCGGGACCCGGAGACCCCCCAGCCCCGCUCCGGCGCCCUCGCCUUGUGUCUGCCCCCUCCCCCUCCUUCGGGGGUGGGGGUGGGGCGGGGAGAGGAGCGGAGGGGGGGGGGGGCGCCCGGAGCGCCGCAUCGAUUGGCAGCUUUUUGUUAUCGAUCCCUAAAGUGCUAGCCGCCGACUUGGCUUCGGGGCCGGCUUCGCCCGACCCUGGAGGGUUCGCCUGCGUUCCCGGCCCCCAUACUGACAGGUGCUCCCAGUCACUUGCUGGUGACUCCUCGCCGCUGCCCCGGCUUCCCCCGCGUCCCCACCCCCCCUCUUUUUUUUUUCCCUCCCUCGUCGUCACCCCCACCCCCACCACUUUCGGCACAGCUCAGGAUUUGUUUAAACCUCGGGAAACUGGUUCAGCUCCAGGUUUUGCUUUGAUCCUUUUCAAAAACUGGAGACACAGAAGAGGGCUCUAGGAAAAAGUUUUGGAUGGGAUUAUGUGGAAACUACCCUGCGAUUCUCUGCAGCCAGAGCAGGCGCGGCGCUUCCACCCCAGUGCGGCCCUCCCCUGGCGGCGGUGAGAGAGACUCGGGAGUCGCCGCUUCCCCAGUGCCCGCCGUGCGUGUGCGUGAACUCUCGCCCCAGUCAGCCAAAUGCUCCUCUUCGGCCUUCUCCUGCUGACAUCUGCCCUGGCCGGCCAGACACCCGGGACUCAGGCUGAGUCUAACCUGAGCAGCAAAUUCCAGUUCUCCAGCAACAACAACAAGGAGCAGAACGGAGUACAUGAUCCCCAGCAUGAGAGAAUUAUUAGUGUCUCUACCAAUGGAAGUAUCCAUAGCCCACGAUUUCCUAAUGCUUACCCGAGAAAUACGGUCUUGGUAUGGAGAUUAGUAGCUGUAGAAGAAAACAUGUGGAUACAGCUUACAUUUGAUGAAAGAUUUGGGCUUGAAGACCCAGAAGAUGACAUAUGCAAGUAUGACUUUGUAGAGGUUGAAGAACCCAGCGAUGGCACCGUGCUAGGACGCUGGUGUGGUUCUGGUGCUGUGCCAGGAAAGCAGAUCUCUAAAGGAAAUCAAAUCAAGAUAAGAUUCGUAUCUGAUGAGUAUUUUCCUGCUGAACCAGGCUUCUGCAUCCACUACAACAUUGUCAUGCCACAAUUGACAGAGGCUGUGAGCCCCUCAGUGCUGCCUCCCGCGGCAUUGCCUCUGGACCUGCUGAACAACGCUGUCACGGCCUUUAGUACCUUGGAGGAUCUUAUCCGCUAUCUUGAGCCAGACAGGUGGCAGCUGGACUUAGAGGAUCUGUACAGGCCAACUUGGCAGCUUCUUGGCAAGGCCUUUGUUUUUGGAAGAAAAUCCAGAGUGGUGGAUCUGAACCUUCUGAAAGAGGAGGUGAGACUUUACAGCUGCACACCGCGCAACUUCUCCGUGUCCAUAAGGGAAGAAUUAAAGAGAACCGAUACCAUUUUCUGGCCAGGUUGCCUGCUGGUUAAACGCUGUGGUGGAAAUUGUGCCUGUUGUCUCCACAAUUGCAAUGAAUGCCAAUGUGUCCCCAGCAAAGUCACCAAAAAAUAUCAUGAGGUCCUUCAGUUGAGACCAAAGAUCGGUGUCAGAGGUUUGCAUAAAUCGCUCACGGAUGUGGCGCUGGAGCAUCACGAGGCGUGUGACUGUGUGUGCAGAGGGAACACUGGGGGGUAAAAGCACACCUGCGGCUCUUUCCCGGAGCUGCACUGAGCAGCAGCUGAUGCGAUAGAGAACUUAGGCAUGAUCUCCAUCCAUAACCUCACUUGUUUGCUUCAAGAUCCUCCCAUCUUCAGGAUUUACAGCGCAUUCUGCAAGAGGAGAUACCACAGGAAUUAGGAGUUGUGCAACAGCUGGUUGAAGAGAAGGCCCAAAGGACAGAGAAAAGCUCUUCCAGCCUGGGAAAAAAGUCAGUGUUGUGGACCACUCACCGGUUCCAGAGUCGCCAUGCUCCCAUGUCACUAGCUGCCUUCUGUAC